AUGACAUUUCUUCCUAGACGUUAUCUCCGCGCCCCACGAUCCCCUCUUCAUCCCCAUUCACGCCUUCCUAAUCUCUGUCUUGCCAUCCUUGUGUUCUUCCUCCUGGAUGCUUAUUGGAUCGUUAUCAAUCUUCCACGUCCAAUACGUAUUAUCACGCCUCCAUAUUCGGCAAUUGCUGCUUCUACUUUGACGUCAAAUCAACAUGAAUCCCUCUCAUUACCAGGUCAGGAUUCUCCAUCGAUGAGAAGAGUUGGUGGAGAGGGGGAUCAAGAGUCAUUAUUAUCUAGUGAUAUUGAAAAUGAUGUAGCAUUUCAGGGAUUUACACCACAAAUGGGAAAUCCUAAUAAUGAAACAAUUUUCAUCGCAGCUAUAUUUCGUACUUCCGAAAUAAUGCUCAAGCAAAAUUGGUCACCGGCUCUUAUAUCCCUGGUUCAACAUCUAGGACCUAAGAAUGUCUAUGUCUCAAUUGUUGAGUCGGGUUCUUGGGAUGGGACGAAAGCGGCAUUGAUGGAUUUAGAUGGUAUGCUAAAUGAAGCCGGUGUAGAAAGGACAGUUGAAUUAGGUAUGGAUCGUGCGGGUCAGCUUGAGGAAUUAAAACAUGUGCCAGAAGAGGAUAGAACUGGAUGGUUAUUUACGGAAAGGAAAGAGAGUGAAAGUGGAUGGGAAAUGAGACGGAUACCAUAUUUGGCGAGAUUGAGAAAUAAGGCUAUGGAACCUUUACUGAGGGUAUGGGAUGAGGGAAGAGGAAGAAAAUUUGAUAAGAUUUUAUGGAUUAACGAUGUUGUUUUUACGACAACCGAUGUAACUACUCUCCUCGCCACAAACAAUAACUCCUACGCCGCAGCUUGUUCUCUUGAUUUCUCACGCCCCUACCAAUACUACGACACAUUUGCCCUCCGCGACUCCUCAGGUCGAAAAACCUCAUCUCUUUCCUGGCCAUACUUUUACUCUCCUCAAUCAUUAAACGCCAUAAAAAGAAACGAACCCGUACCCGUCAAAAGCUGUUGGAACGGCAUGGUCGUUUUCGACGGUGAACCUUGGUAUCCCUCCUCCUCAUCCAAUCAACAAGGAAUCCACAACGAGCAAAAUAAUAAUUUCAAAGGUUUACAAUUUAGAGGUGUGGAGGAUUCUCUGGCGGAAAAACAUGUAGAGGGUAGUGAGUGUUGUUUGAUUCAUGCGGAUAAUCCGCUAAGGGAUAGGAGGGGAGUUUAUGUAAAUCCGAAUGUGAGGGUCGCGUAUAAGAGGGAGGUUUAUGAGGUGGUUAAUGGGAGGGGGGGUGGGCCUGGGAAAUGGGAGGGUGUGAGGGGGGUUUGGGGGGUUAGGGUGGGAUGGGUUGGGGAGUGGUGGGGUGGGUGGGUGGAGAGGCGGAGGAUGGGGAGGAGAGUGCGGAGGUGGGUCGAGGAGGGGAGGAUAGGGGAGGUUGGUGAUGGGGAUGGUGGUGGGAAUGUGGGGGGGAAGGGGGGUGAGAGGAGAGAGGAAUUGGGAUUAGAAUGUUUGAUUAAUGAGAUGCAGGUCUUGUAUCAAAGUGGAUGGAGACAUCUUUAA